UGAAAACAGAUUAUUAGUUUAUUUAGAAAUCGCAGUAAGCUUGGUAAACUUUAGAAGGAAAAUAGUUCUAACGGGAGCUGAUUAAGAAAAAGUGGCGAAUUAAGUUCUUCAAUUUCAUCUUGUUAAUCAUUUUAAGUGAUUCUUUUUAUAAAGAUGCCAUGGAACAUGCUGCUAGCUAUAACACUCGCCUUUGCCUAGAACGAAAAAUGCGGUUGCCUUUUUUAGACCAACAGACAGGAGUUGCACAAAGUGAUUGUGCACUGUGGAUGCAUAAAUGGCAACGUAUGCCAGGAAAGACAGAGGGUCAACUAUAUUCUUAUCCUGCUAGACGUUGGAAGAAAAAGCGGCGGCAAUACUUGAUGAAUAAUUUUUACCUCACUCGUAGAAUGAAAGAAGUUGAAAAUAACGAAUCAGAAAAUCAUCAAUCAACUAACGAGAAUUCAAUGAGUGGAAUACAAGAAGAAACCACUGAUAAAGUAACUGAAGAUUCAAAAGAUUCCUGGUAUAAAGAUUUUGAAGAAACUGCAGAGCAUUUUGAUAUGGGUGAAGUUGAAGAUCCAGACACGGAUGUUGAAGAUUAUGAAGAAACAUAUGUUCGUAAAAAGAAGAAAAAAAUAAGAAGUAGUAGAGGAAGAAAGAGAGCUGAUCGGUAUGACUACACUGACUUGGAAAAGCCAUAUGUCUGUGAAAUCUGUGGAGCCCGUUACAAAACUAGGCCAGGUUUGUCUUAUCACUACAGCCAUGGUCAUAAUAAUGACUCCACAGAUAACACAGAAGAAGAAACUAAUUACACACCUCCAAAGCCAGUAGCAGCUCCUCCCCCUCCAGCUCCUGUACCUCCACCUUGUGCUCCAUCACCUCAGGUUUUGCAGCCUUCACUUUCUUCAUGGCCUGGACCUUCAAAUGAAGAUGGUCCUUUGACUCCGAGACCUAGCUCAGAAAAAAGUGGCACCCUCCCGAGUACAUACUGUGACUUUUGUCUGGGUGAUAGUAUUGAAAACAAAAAAACAAGGAUGCCUGAAGAAUUAGUUUCUUGUUCAGAUUGUGGACGUUCAGCACAUCCCACCUGCUUGCAGUUUACACCAAAUAUGACUGCUUCUGUGAAGAAAUAUCGAUGGCAGUGUAUUGAAUGUAAAUCCUGUGGUAUUUGUGGAACUUCAGACAAUGAUGAUCAGUUAUUAUUUUGUGAUGACUGUGAUCGUGGGUAUCAUAUGUAUUGUUUAACUCCUCCUUUGUCAGAACCGCCUGAGGGUUCUUGGAGUUGUCAUCUAUGCAUAGAAGAAUAUGGCCGUAAAUAGCUUUUGUUAAAAUCAAAGAUUCUUAUUUUUGUGAUGAAUUUAUUAUUUUAAAAUUGGGUGGCAGCUUUAAACAUAUAUGUUUCUAACUUAAAAAUAUUUUUGUUAUGUAUCAUGUUUAUAAACAAAGAACAAAAUUUUUACCUCCCUUGCAAAUUCAAUUAACAUUACUGUUUUAUUAUUACUAAUAAUGGCUGUUAUUCAUUUCAAGUAUUUUGCACAUCUCCUCCUUUAAAAAAAAAUUCAAAUGUGUUGCUAAUUUGUUCUAUAUGCUUUAUUUUUCUGAAAUUCGAAUGUAGAUAUAUAUUCAAUUCACUUUCAAUAUUUUGCCUGCAUAUACUAAAUAUGACUUGAUAAAUGCUGUAUAUAGAUUUGAAAUAUUUUCUCCCACAAUAAAUGCAUCUUUUAAAAUCUUUAUUUAAUAACUUUUCUUCACUGAGUAUAAUGAGAUGUGAUAUGGCAUGAGUAGAUUUUGCUUGAUUUAAAAGCUGAUAUUAUCUUUGAACCAGCUAAAUUCAUGAUAUGAGAAAAAGAAAAUACAAAUGUUGCUUAUUUGUAUUUUGAUAGUGAUUACCCAUUUUAGUAAGUUUUCAACUUUUAAUUUAAAAUUUACAUUUAUUAUAUGAAGCAGUAUUCAUUAAAAUUUAUUAAACCAUUGUUAAUUUGUUUUUUAAAAUUGCUAUUUAAAACAUAUUCAAACAAAUAAUCAUAUUCCUUUUUUAACUUUUUUAACAUUGAAUUUAAAUGGGUAUUUUGAAUACUACCUUUCUUUUGCAUUUUUUUUAAUAACUACUAAUAAAUAUGAAAGCAAAUUAUCAUAAUCAAUCCCCCCCCCAAAUAAUACAUUUAAUUUAGAUGGCUAUCUUAAAUACUACCUAUAUUUGUCUUAUAUAUUUAAACAUUUUGAAUACCUAAAAUAUAAAGUCUUUUCAGCGUGCUGUAUUUAAAGUUAAAUGUUCUCAGUUUCAUUUAGAGUAAUAACCUCCCAAAAAUUGUUAAAAUAUUUUUGUUUUUUAUUUAAUGUUUCUUAUUUAAAAAACUUAUUAAAUUUAUUUAUAAACUUAUAUAAUGCAUUGAAACUAUAUGAAGAACGUAUUUUAUUGAUGUAAAACGUAGUUUCCUAACAAAGGUAUUGAUUAGACCUAAAUGUAUGUUGCAGGUCUGAGUGGCAUUAAAGGGGUUAUGAAGAAGCAAAUUGAUAAUAUGAACAUAUUUGAAAAAUUUGAUUACCUAAAUAUUUUUAAAAUUAAACAGUAUUAAGGAUAAAUGUAUUUGAUUUUGGGCUGAGUAAAAGAAUAAUUAAACAUGUUAAUGUAAUAUAAGUCAUAUUUAGAAUAUGUUUAGGCAUUUUUCUUGUCAAAUUUACAAUUUAACUGUAAAAUUUUUAAAACCAAAAGUCUGAGAUUAUUUUUAAGCUAAAAAGUUACUUUUUAUUUUCAUUUCUUUCGCAAUUUGUCAUCAUAAAUAUUAAAAAUCAGGUUCCGUAUUUUCUUAGUUAGAAAUAUUAUAUAUGCAAGAUAAAAAUAUGAAAAACAAAAUUCUAACUAUAAUUUGGAAUAGUCUGUUAACUAUUUUAAGCGGGGGUAUUUUUUUUUUUUUAACCUUUCUAUUCUAAAAAAUAGUAUCUGCAUAUAGUUAAUAUCUCUAAACUGCAUCAUUUCAAGAUUAAUAGCUAUCGUAUGACUCUCACAUAAAGCUCAUGAUACAGAUAACUUAUGUAAGACUCCAGCUAGUAAUAAUUUUAGAAGCUUAAAUAUUAAUCAAUCAAAAUAAGGCAAACUGAAACUGACAUCAUAAACCAAAACUCGAGUCGCUUUGAAUUUUGCUGUCUGCUUCCUAGCUAAUUAGCCUGCUGCUUCGGUCUUCCAGAGUUAUAUUUCAAAUCUGUAGCAUUACCGACAUAGUUCUUCAAAAACAGGCACAAACUGCAGUUUAUCUGUGUUGGCUUAUGAAAAUAUUUGUCAGCAAAGAUUAAAAGAAUUUUUGACCCCUUGAUGACUGCAACUUGUUUUAAAGACAUUUAUGCUUCACAUUGGCAGCAUGCAGAUCAUUACAUUUUAUGUUAGCUGGUAGGAUUUGAAUCUAUGUGAGAAAAACCACAAUGGAUUCCAAGUCUGUUGUAUUAACUACUUGGACACAACUGCUAUCAUUUGACAGCAGCUAUGUAUUUAUACAUCUACAUCUGUCUUCAACAUUCCAAAUUAUUUCUUGAGUGCACAGGAAAACUCCAAUAGAUUUCAAGUCCAUUGUCUUAACUGGGUCAUGACUUAAAAUUUGACUGCAACUACUUAUUUGCACAUCUACAUCUGUCUUCAACAUUCCAAAUUAUUUCUUCAAGUAAUUCAUUAGGGUUUCCCUGUGCCAGUUUGAAUCUUACUAGCUAAAAUAAAAUGUAAUGAUUUGGAUAUUAGUAGCAUGUUGAAGCAUAAAGACACAGUUGCAGCCAUCAAGGCUGGUUAAACAUUUCUUUUUGUUUUCAUUCAUAAACAUCUUCAUUAGUUAACACAGUUGCAGUAAUUGCCUGCUUUUGAAGCACUGCCUUGAUAUCGUUGCAAUUUUGAAAUAUAAUUUCUUUCUUGUUUUCUAGACAGUCAAAACAAGUUAGUUACGAAUGAACUAAAAUACAACAUGUCUAAUAUGAAAACUGAGUUCAGAGUGAUUCGAUUUUAUAUUACAAUGUUAGUUCCAGUUUGCUCCAUCUUGAUUGGUUAAUAUUUAAGCUUCUGAAAUUAUUAUUUUUGAAGCCUUACGUAAGGUAUCUGCAUCUUGAGUUUUAUGUAAGAAUCAAAUAAUGAUAAUUGAUUUUGAAAUGAUGCAGUUUAGAGAGAUUUAUUUAUUAUAAGCAGGUCAUGUUUUUAGGGUGGAGUUAAUGAACUAUUGCUCCAGUCUUGAUAUAUUUAUACUGUUUGGGAGGAAAUGUAGUGCAAAAUGCAGUUUUAACUUCAUUCUUUUAUUAUAUAUGGAAGAUUUUGAUUUAUAAUUACUCUUAACUGAUCUGACAUGACAUACAUACUUCAAAUAUGCUUGUCAUUGAAUCAUUACAACCAUCCCUCAGCUAAUGAGCAUUUGAUGUGUGUAUUUUUAAUUUUAUGGAAUGUCAUGAUACAUGUAUAUAAUUUUUCUAAAAAUGAGAAUUAUAUAAGGCUUUGACAAAGAACUGUUGCUCAGAAUUUAAUAAAUCACACUGUCUUUUUAAACUAGCAUCUCUUCAUUUUUUUCAUUUUUUAGUAUGCAAAGAGUCCAAAAAGUAUAGAAUUGUAUAUGGAAGAUGCUUUUGAUUUAGUUUUAUUUGAAAGAUAUUUUUCUAUUGCAUUCUGUAUUGCAACACCAUCUAUUAAUAUUUGCAAUUUUUAAGUAAAUUCUGCAUUGCUUAUUUAUACUAUCACUUUCAAGAAAUUUCUUUUAUUCAAAGAAACUUUAGAGCUAUAUUUUUAUGAUUUGGCAUUGAAAAAUCCACCUGUGGGCAGUACUGUCUUAAAAACAAGUUCCAGUAUGGAAUGAGUGUAAUUUCUUCAUUCCAACAAUAAUAAAAUUUUUAAUUUAGUAUUUAAACCAUUUAAGAUACUUUGUUAUUAUUUGUUUGUUAUAAAACUUACUAUAUUGUUUUCCAUUUAUUAAUAAUUAAUCAGACAUUAUGCUUUCCAUCUAUAAAUAAUUAAUUUUCAAAUUUGAAACAGUUAUUUUUUAUAAAAAGAAAGAACUGGUGGAUUUAUCUGCUGAAAUCCUUUUUGAAGUUUUACAUCUAUUAAAAAUUAAUUUUCAGUUUAAAAAAUCCUUUAUAUGCACAAAAAUGAAUAAUAUAGCGGGUUCCUCUGCUGGAAUCUUCUUUUGAAUUUCAGCUCUCUAUCUACCUCAUUCUUUUGAUAUGAAAGCAAUUUUAUAACCAUAAUGUGCUCAUUUCUGAAUGAUAUAUUCAUAUAAACGUAUUGUAUCUCUGUAAUUGUAUAGAGUGUUUGUGAUGUGUAAUCUCUAGUGAAGUUUCAUAUUCAAGAGAUAAAAAGACUGAUGUUACUUGAAAAAUCUUCAGUUAUAAAAUAAAUUGAAUUUGUUUAUUGGUUAAACUUUGCUCGACAUUCAGAAUGCUUUUUAAGGUUUCAAAUUGUCAUUCAUAUGCUAUUCACUUCAACCAUUAAAAACUGUAAAAUCCUUCUGUGUUGCUUGAAAAAUAUUUGAAAAAUUUUGAAAUUCUUAUUAUUGUGAAUUAAAAAUACAUAUGUAUUAUGAAAAGGGGGCCUACUGAUAGUACAGUAUCAACAGGGAACUAAAAACAGAUACAUCAGAACUAUUCUGUGAAAUAAAGGAACUCGGUAAUGAUUUCUCAGUUUUAAAUAUUAUGAUCAGAUCAAAAUUCUUUCAACUUAAUGUUUUUUAUUUCUUAAAAAAACAUAGAAUGUUUAGAGUCAGCUAUAAGAAAUUAUGCAGAAAACAGAGAUUUAAUUAUUACUUUUAAAUAUAUGGCUUCAUUGUGCUAUUAUCAUACUGUUUGUAUGAUUUAAAAUAUUUAAAAACUUUUAAUUGUAUAUUUUAAGUUUGUUUAGAUGUGUUAAACAGAAAAUGUGUUUUCCUUCGCCCCCCAAAAAAAGCUGCUGAUUUUACAUGCUUUUGUAUCAUAAAAUAUAUUUUCAUUGUUCAUUAAAAAAUGUCACUGUAAUUGUAAUUUAUUAUAAAAGACACUGAAUUUGUAAUCAAUAAUAAAAAAGUGGAACACAAUUAUUUUCUCUUGUUUAUAUAUUUAAAAAUGUUCUUAAUGCUAGGAAAAAACAUAAACGUAUCUUCCAAGUUUUGAUAAGUGGGCCUGAAUGCUAUUUUUUGUUAGAAAAAAAAAUACUUGUAAGUUUCUAAAAAGGCAUAUUUUAAUGUUAAAAGUUGCAUAAAUAUGCUAGUAAUUCUCUUGGAUAUUGAAAAUUAACAAAUAAGUUGAGCAUUGCAUUUGAUAGUGUUUUUUGUAAACUCCAUAAGACUGCAGUUUUUUAGCAUAGUUACCUGAAAUUGUUUUACCUUUUUAUUAGUCAUUCAUUUUUAUCUUGUAUGAACUAUCAUCAUAUAGUUAAUUUUUUUUUUUAGGUAUGGUAUUUAUUAAAUGCUUUUAGGUAUAUUAAAGUAAAUGUAAAUAAUUUUCUGCUUUCAUAAUAGGAAAAAAUAAUGUAUCUAAUACUAUAUUAUUCCAAAUAUAAGAUGAUUCCUUAUGUAAGAUGAUCCUGUAACUUUGAUAGUGCUUUACAAGGAGUAAGAGUUUUUACAAUCUACAUUUUUCAGUUUACACGAAGAAAUAUAUAUAUGAGUGUGAUAAGAAGAUAUUUUAAGUACUUAAAUCUCUGAAUAUCAUAUUUGUGUUGAAAUUAAAUAAUUGUAUUUUUUCUUUACAUCAGAUUUAAGAGAUACAUUAUUUUAAUAUAAUUUAUAUUUGUUAGAUUUUUCAUGUAAUAUGGAUAUAGUUUUCAUUGUAGGAAAAAAAUAACUUGUCUUGUAUUUUGGCCAGUAUUGUAUUUUUGAAUUUCUUUUGUUUUUAAAUCUGUUAAAAGAUAUCUUUUGGUUUAAUUUGAUAUAAAUAAUACUUAAACUAAUAACUCAGAAAGAGUGGGCUGAGUCACUUCAUGCUCUACAUUUUUUAUUUGUGUGUGUGUUUAAAAAAGAGUGAUAUGAUGAUAUAUGAAACAUACAGUCUUAUACAAAUUUAAAAUAUGUCAACUUUUUUAAAAAUGCAAUUAAAUAGUAUGAGCAGUAUCAAAGCAAUGCUUAAAUUUGCUGUGUAUAUUAAAUUCUUUGUUAUAAUAUAGUGUGUCAAGUGAAUCUCCUUAUGAAGUUAUGGCUGGGAUAGUUGUUUAGAUUUUAUAUCUAAAGAUUAGUAUUUUGUGUACUCUUAUGAUUAAAAAGUAUGUGAAGAGAGCUCUGUAUGUGUAUUGAAAUUUGUAAUAGGGUAGCAUUUAAGAAUUAAAAUUUUUUUGGGAAGAAUGCAUGUGAAGAAUUUGUUUAAUAUGUAAUUGUUAACUUGGGGAAAAAAUCAUCUGCAAAAUUAUAUUUAGACACCCCCUCUUCUGAGGACUUGAAUUUUCAGUGUUAAAUAACUGCAUAUUGACCUGUACAAUCUUUGCAUAAGUAUGUUUAUCUUGUUCUUGAAUUUUUAAUGUUAUGUAAUGUUCAGUCAGAAUCACUAAAUUUUUUAUGUAAAUUAAAAAGUAACUGGAAAAGAGAAUUAAUGCAGAGUUAUAUUUUAACACAGUUAUUCCAUUUUAAAAGAAUUUCUGGGAAUCCUAUGAAAUUUAUCAUGUUAAAAGAAAUUCUUGAAAGGAGAUGUAAUGUGCCAGAUAUCUCAGAAGCAGAAAAAGCAGUAACUGACAGAUCAUUGUAGUGUUAUAACUGAACUGAAAGUUGCCUCUUAAUUUUUAAUGUUUGAUACAGAUGUAAAUUUGUUCUAUUGCGAUUUUUAAUUUUUUAAAUUGUAACAAUAUAUUAAUAGGGAUAAGUCAUCUAAGUGAUAGCUAUAUCAUAAAUGUUACUCAGUUUUUUUAUUAAUUCAUAAAUGGUAAGUAUCAUAAAAGUUUUUUUUCAUUAUCAUUUAUUAAGCACAUGGAAGUUAUCUUCUUUUUUUUUUUUUUUUUUUUUUUUUUUUUUUUAAGUACAAAAACAGGAAAGUAGGUUGCUCUGCACCAAGUAGUUGAUUAAAACUUUGAAUGCAUGAUGAAAAAAAUAAUUUCCAUUCAUCAUUCCCUUAUGGAUCAAACUCUGUUGCAUAAUAUUUAAUAGAAAAAGUUACAUAAACAGUGUGAAAAGCAUAAAGAUUUUACUUAGAUUAUUGAUAACAUAGCCAUAGAUUUUUAGUAACAUUUAAAUAUCAGUCAUUGAGCUUUUUAAGUACCAGCCUUGAAUUCCCCCCCCCCUGGCCCCCGAAAAAAAACUGAUGCAAAUUUGCUAUUCAGAAGAUUGCUAGAAAGUAGAGAAAAUAAAGUAAUAAAUAGGUAAUAUAAAGCUGCAGAAAAUCUAAUUGUCUUCAAAAUAAUUUACUUUUAUCUAAGUUGUUAACUUUACUAUUUAUAAAUACUGUAAUAAAUGCAUACUAUUUAUUUAGUUCAAGAUUCUGUUGUAAAUUAAAUGAAAUUUAGUUUAAGCAGCAUCUUUGCCUUAAGAAGUCUAAAUACUUCGAGCAGUAGAAUACAUUUAAAAAAUAAAGUUAUAAAUGGCAGAUUCUGAAUUAUUUUAAAAUUAGAGUGACUAAUUGGAUUGCAGGUUCUGCACUGGUUUUUAGAAAAUUAAAGUCUUAUGAAUUGAGUAUCAUUACAUGCUAUGGGGAAUAACCAUUUUUCAUUUGCUCUGGGAAAUAAUUUCAUUAAAUUAAGUCAUUUUGAAUCCAUUUUCCAUUAGUCGCAAAAGCUUCAUAGUUAUUUCUACAUUUUGGUUAAUUUCAUAUUGUAUCUGAAGAGGUAAUUUUAUUAUUAUUAAGGUUGAAAUUGCUAGUCUUUUAAAUUUUCAAAUAAUUGGAGGCCAUUUUAUGUCUUUAUUUGCAGUCUAAUAAUAGAAUGUCAUGUUUCUUAUUCACUUCUGUUCCUCAUGCAUUUUUAUUUUUUAAUUAUUAUUUUAUGUAGUAUGAAAAAAAUAUUUGCAUCGUAGGACAAUCUGUAGGAGAGAUUUAAUAUUUUGAAUGGUAGGGUAUUUAUAACUACCAUGAACUGUUUGUGUUGAAUGUUAUAUAUUACCAUGUUUACCAUAUAUAUUACCAGGAAACAUUUUGCUUUAAUAAUGUGCAGAUAACAAGAAUUAUUCCUAAAUUAGAUUAUUAAAUUUGAUUUUAUCAUGGCUGAAGUAGAACCUCUAUUAUUCAAUUAUGGAUAAUUCAGAAUUUCAGUAAUUGAGACUGAUAAUUUGCCAGAGACAAAAAUUAUUAAUUUUUCUAAGUAAAUGCUUCUUCUUUCUUUCUUUUUUUUUGGGGAGGGGGGGGGACCAAAAAGAUGUUACUCCAAAAUCUGGGAACUUACGUCCUGAACAUUCAUUGUAAAAUCCUGACAUGCAAAGUGAUUUACAUUUCCAAAAUUUUGGGUUUAUUUAGUGAACUCAGAAAUAAGUGCAAGUAUUGUUUUCCUUACAGUAAAUGUUAAAUUACAUAACAUAUUUAAAUUUCUUGCAACUGGCACUAAAUUUACUGGUAACAACAAACAUUGACACUUUUGAAGGUCUAAAUUUAAAUCCAAAAUUAAGGCCUGAGAUUUUUAAAAAAAAAAAAAAAGAAAGAAAAAUGAGUAAUGGGCUAACAACAUUUAAAUGUGGAAAAAAAUUGUGUAUGCUUUUGCCACCCAGUGCAGCAACAAAUUUGAUUAAACCGAUAAAACAAGGAAUUAUCCAGAACAGAACUUUGAAAUUUAAUGAAGUGUCCACAAUUAAAAAAAAAAUCUCGUUAAAAGAAGUCUCAUUUACUUUGUUGCUUGGAAAAAUGUGAAGAGCAUUGCUUUACUUCAUUGUUGGUUUAAAUUGUGGCCUGUGAUCAUAUUCGUGGAUGACAAGUCGAUUGAUGAUGAUUCUCUUAAGUUUUAAAACAGUGUCCAACAUUUUGGACUUUUUUACCUGUUUGAAGAAAAUUAUUAUUAGUGAAGAGGAGGUGCGAGUAGACAAUUCUAUUUCCCUCACACUCUGCCAAGAUGAUAAUGAAGUAAUCUGACAUGCACUAGGAAAAGAGAAAGAUGAUGAGGAGGAUGAAAAUCAAAAUAACAUGCAGAGCAUGAAAGUCACGUGGAAGGAAGUUGACAAAGGAUUACAGUCUUUAAUAAAGGUUGCCGAAAAGCUGUGUCAACGUAUGGUGAUAUGAAGCUUCAGUGUAUACACAGCAGAUUUUUACAAUUUUUACAGCAGUUUUGUAAACAGGGAGACAUCAAAGUUAUAUGGUAUUAAAUAAAGAAAUUUGUGAUUUUCUUAGGCUAAUUUUAAAAUAUUGCAUAGUUUUGCCUUUCGUGAAAUGUAAACUCAUGUAUGUAUUUUAAUUUUAAAUAAUCUGUACAAUUUUUUAUAUUAUUUAUUUAAUCAUUGCCAAUAGAUUAAAAUGUCAUGACUAAAUGGACUUCACAUGUUACAAUUUCUACAGAUAGCUGCACAAAAUGAGACCAAGUAAGGUUUAAAAAUACAUAUUCAGUUAUCUGGAAAAACCUCUUAUCCGGAAUCGGCAAGGUCUUGUUGCUACCGGUUGAAAGAGAUUUUACUGUAUUAUGAUGCAUUUUAUUUUGAUUGAAAUAUAAUGAAGAAAAUGUGUUACUUUUAGCGAAAUUCUCAUUUCACACGUGUUCUAUAUAUAAAGCAAAAAAUUUAGCUAUUUUACAUAACACCAUUAAAGCAUUUUACAUGGUACUCUAUUUAUAACUAUUAUGACUUACAAAAUUUUCUUCAAAUUAAAAUUUGCCAGGUUUAGUGAUUACAAUUACGUCCAUGUGUAAAAUUAGGCAAUAUAUAAAUAUAUAGAGUAGAUUUACAUACAAUAAAGCUGUUGAUUCUGAGAGCAGCUGACAUAGUUUCUCCUUCACCACCUCUGGAAGAAAAAUUAUUGCAUGCAGAUUUUCCAUGUGUUAUCAUUUUGAUUGUAGUAUCUACUCUGUUUUAUAAAAAAUAUUAAAUAUAAGCAUUAAAUCAAGUAGGAGAAUUCAUAAUUGUGUAUUUACUUAAAGUCAUGUUAAAUAAAUGAAAAAAUAAUAAAACUAAUUAAUAUCUAUUAAAAAUGAUAUACCAAAGUUGCUAUGCUGUUGAUGAACAUACAUCUAUAUUUGCUUCAAAAAAUAGUUAUUUCUCUCAAUUUCUAAAAGAAUGUGACUUUGGCAUAGAAAACUUUUUCUAAAUUUUGCAUUCAGUGAAAUAUAAUGUAAAUAUUGCACAUAAUAGGUUAUUAGAAAUCCAAACAAAAUUUGAAAACUUAUGUAAUUUGAAGCUGACUUUCAUUCUAUUCAAGUAGCAUAUAAUAUACAUUUAUGUGCUGAUCUCGGUGCUUGCACCAUGACAAGAAUUGUUCUGUAGGGAAGGUAGUUAGGAAUGCGGCUUAAUAGAGAUGUGUUAACAAUUCUUUGAAGUUUGGUCUAAAUAUUUUUUAUAGAGCUGAUGUCUCAGGUACAGGAAUAAGUUGUGUUUGUAGUUAUGGUUAUGAGAUGAAGUAUAUUAAUUAAUAAUAUAAUAUAUUGGUAAUGUUUAGGUAUGAGUACUUUAUUUUAAAACUUAUAAAAUUUUAUUUAAAAGACUUCAAGGAAAUGUAAAUAGCAUGCAGCAGCUGAUCAUGCAGAUGCUCUGUGGAAAGAAAUGCCUUAUGUUUCAUAUGGAGCAGUAUAAGUUGGUGAAUCAUUGAGCUUGCUAGUGGCAAGUAUUUUAAAUUGCUGGAAGUUAUAUAUUUUGAGAUUUUUGUCAAAGUAUUAAACUUUUAUUUUACGAGUUUUAAAGUGUGCAGGAUUGAAUUGUCAGGAAGGCUGAAAGUUAGGCAGGAAGGGUGUAAAAAUAAUUUAUUAUUAUAAGCCCGAUUUAAAAAUAUUUAAAAUUUUCAGAUUACUCUUUUUUUCCUUGCUGUUGAAAGUAAGUAAUAAAGCUUUUGUUUUUGGAAAUUUGGACUUAUAAUGUCCUAAAGUAGCAGUCUAACAAGGAUUGCACGAUUAAAUAUCUUUUGCGUAUUUGGAUAUAGACCUGUUGUUUCUGUUUAAGAAAUAAUUAAAUACAGUAAGCAUGCAUACUAUAAUAAUUUCGAUACUUUUUAAUAAAAUGAACAAAACAAUUUCUUAUGCAAGUCCUGUAGCAUGAAAGUGUCAGUGAUAAAUGUAUUUUCUAUAAUUAGAUUAGUUAAAAAAAAUGUUCUUAUACUUUUAAAAUUAUCCAAGAAUCAGUUAAAAUUUUGGGCAGUUAUGUACAAAUAUUACUGUAAACAGCUAUGCAUAUUAUAUUUUCAAAUAUGAACUCCUAAAGGAUUUCUUUUACAUGAAAGACAUUAGAAAUAAUAGUUUCAAUUAUCGUUUGUAGUUGUGUAGAAAUUUGAAAUUUUUAUUUAGUGAAAGCAAAUCCUAAAUGAAUUCCUUUUAGUAGAAAUAAUUUAAAUCAGAAUUUUGCCAAUUAGUUUUUCAUGUUAGAGAUUUAAGAUCUUUAACUACUUUUAUAUUAAAAAUUUCUUGACAUAGGAUUGUAUUUUUUUAAUAGACUGUAGAACUCUUAGACUACUUUAAAAGUUUCUUUAUAGAGAGUUAUAAUUUUUUUAAAUUUUGUAUAAAUUUUUAUUUAAUAAAAAAUUUUAAUGUGACUAAAAUUAUCUGGCCAACUGUUCAAGAGAUAUUUAAUGUUUUUUAAAAUGUUUUGUUAUGUAUGUGUCAUCAUUCAAACAGCAUGUUUUCUCUCUCUCUUUUUAUAUAUAUGUAUAAAUGCACUUCUAUGCAGAAUUAAGAGAAUUUGCACAUUGUGUUGAGUUUCUGAAAACGUCUGGACAGAUUUUAAUGAAAUUUGAUAUGAAUAUACAUUUAUAACAGAGAAAGAUGUGUACCAUUCAAAAGUAAUUUUAUGUAAGGAUGUGUUGCAAUGGCAUCCACGCAUGUGUGCACUUACGUAUUCAACUCUGAAUAUUUGCAUAAUUCUUUCGAGCAUAAUUAGUAUGUUUGGUUCAAUACUUUUCAUUAAAAUAGACAUAAUUUGUAAAUUCUCUUUUUUGGCACACAAGUGUAUAUUAUAUAUAUGUAUGUAUUUGACUUGUAUCAUAAUAACAAUCCAAAUGAUUUUAUUUACUGCAUAGUGAGUGUAUUAUUUUGAUCUUUACACUUUUAGUAUAUUUCCAAUGUUGAAUUUUUCGAGAUGAAACUUAAGAUGGUAAAAUUAGACAUGUGGUAAUUCAAAAAACUGAGUGAGUAAAUGAGAAGUCCAUUAAUGAUAUUCUUUAUUAUAAAAAUUAAAUUUUUGGGGGUGCAGAGAAGUGCUCUAAAAUUCUAGAAAUAUGAUGCUAAAAAUUUUAUCGACUUUCAAGUAAGUUGUUUACUUAAGAGCAAGUUUCAUACAAAUAGUAGAAGAGGAUUUCUGUGGGAAGUCUUCUUUAUAAAAUGCAUCUUCGCAUGUAAUAAAAGAAUUCUGUAUCAUAA